AUGGCAGCAGAAGGACAUAACAUUGAUGCAACGUUAUUAGCAGUUGGCCGUGAUCAUGGCCAUUACUUCGUUCGUAAAACAUUUGGUAAACCAACAUAUUGUCAUCAUUGCUGUGACAAAAUAUGGGGAAUGCUUACACAAGGAUAUGCAUGCCAAGUUUGCAAUUUCAUAUGUCACGACAAAUGCAUGAAAACGGUUGUUUCGUUUUGUAGUGGUGUCGCUUUGCAGUUGAUAAAGAAUCCUGUCGCUCAUACAUGGUCUGAACCAUCGCAUAUCAAGCGAAGGUUUUGUUGCGUUUGUCGCAAAAAAACCGAUGAUUCAGUAGCUGUUGAAUGUGAGGUUUGUGAAUAUUACGUGCACGUUGAUUGCUACGAUUUAGCAGUAAGUGACUGCAAGGAAGCUGCUACUUAUGUACCUAAUUUGGAUAAGAUUCUGAAUUCUUCCGAAUUCUGUAAUGCUUUGAUUAGUUAA